UUCAUUGCCUGGUUCGUCGCUCUGCCGUCUCCCUCCUUCCCUCCCUUCGCCCCCGCCUGCGUCUGUUGCCUCUUCUUUCUCGGCCUCUGCCUCUUCUUAAUCUGCGGUAAAACUACCCUACGCACGGUCGCCUGGAUAUACGGUUGCUGAGCUGAACUUCCAGGAGGAAGACACACACACACAGAGAGAGAGAGAGAGAGAGAGAGAGAGAAGAGAAUCAGUACUGGCAAUGGUGUUCUACUUCAAGGCGCGGCCGGACGCCGGCGACUACACCAUCUACAUGGGCGCCGACAAGAACGAGAACGAGGAGCUCAUCAAGUACGGCCUCCCCGAGGACGUCUGGUUCCAUGUGGACAAGGUGUCCUCGGCGCACGUCUACCUGAGGCUCAAGAAAGGCGAGUCCAUAGACACCAUCAGCGAAGGCCUCCUGGAGGAUUGUGCGCAGCUCGUAAAAGCGCAUUCCAUUCAAGGAAACAAGAUGAACAAUGUGGAGGUGGUCUACACGCCAUGGUCUAACCUCAAGAAGGCGACGUCCAUGGAUGUCGGCCAAGUUGGCUUCCACAACCAUCGGAUGGUACACGUCUUGACAGUGGAGAAGCGUGUCAAUGAGAUCCUCAACAGGUUGAAUAAGACCAGGGUCGAGCGCCGACCAGACCUCAAAGCCGAGAAAGAUGCAUCAAAUGCAGCGGAGAAGGCCGAGCGGAAGAUGCAGCUGAAAGACAAGAAGCGCAGGGAGGAGAUGGAGAGGGUGGUGAAGGAGCGGCAGGCCGAGAUACGGAGCUACAAGGGCCUCAUGGUCGCCGAGAAGAUGACCUCCAACCGCCAGAUCGCCUCCGCCGGCAAGUCCAUACAGGAAAUGGAGGACGAGUUCGUCUAGCAGCUAGCCUCAUGCGUGUGUAGUGUAUCAUCCAUGUCCAUGUGUAUAUAUGCCGAUGCGCGCAUCUUGCAUGCGUGUGCGAGCAUGGUCUCGACGAGGCGGGCGAUGAUCGAUCGAUCCUCGAUGUUACUGACGGUGCAGGUGUACAUAUAUGAGGUCCUUGAUUUGGACAGAAAUGAGAAAGCAGCUAGCGCAGAAAUAAACUGUAAAUUCCCAAAAUUCUGAUGACGACAAAGGGCGGGCAUUGCGGCGCCUAAACAAAACUGAUCCAGAUCUGGUAUGCUUAGGGCCUUUUCGAUUCGCAGGAUUCUAAAAAUACAGGAAUAGAAAAAGUAUAGGAAUGGAGCGGCAUAUAUCCUCUUAAAUCUUAUAGGAUUAGCUAGUGUUUGAUGCCUUAGAAAAAACAAAGAAAUUGUAAAGAGAGAUUGAAGUGGAUGUUAGAUUUUUUAUGAAAUGUAGUACAAAAGAUUUCAUAGAAAAUUUCCUAUGUAAUCCAAUUCUAUGAAUCAAACAACCAACGUAGGGAAAUUUUCUAAGGAUUUCAA